CCUUUCGCCUCGAUAGCGUGACCUUUACCAUUAAAUAAACUGAAUUUAUUAUAGACAUUAAUGUAAAAAUCGUUCAGUUAGAUUUCAUAAACAGCACGAUGGAAACGUCUAAUAUCGCUCUACUAGUGCUGGUCUGCAGCGUGGUCACGGUCCACGCUUACAAGACAGACACGCCAGACUUCUCCAACGAGCCACUGACCACGCUCCCUCCCAUCACACCUCAGCAACAACUCUACAUUUUGCUGCUGAACUUCGUCUCAGGGAAUUUGCCUCCUGGGGCACAACUGCCAGCGGGCUUUUUAGGAGGAAUGAGUUUGUCUGCAGCAAGCGUGCCGACAAUGCCGCCUAAUAUGCCGAUGUCCAAUAUGCCGAUGCCCAAUAUGCUAAUGCCCAUUAUGCCAAUGCCCAAUAUGCCGAUGGCCAACAUGCCGCCCCCCAAUAUGCCAGCAGUUCCGGCGACGGCUACUACCACAGCACCGAGUAUGGUGUUACCCUUAGCUUAGCAAACUUGGAAAUAACUAAAACGUCAUUUAUAACUGUCUUUACCGUUUUAAUCAAUGACAGAUUCUAAAAAAAAAUUUAUAGUUUUAUACUAAACUUUUAAAAUUAUUUAAAAUUAUAUAUAUAUAUAUAUUAUGCACUUAACUAGUUUGAAUUGACUAACGUAUGUAUAUAUUUGCAUACUAAUUAAUGUGAAUUGGAUUUU